CCGUGAGCUGUCGUCUCCGCGUUCGUCGUCCGUCUCGCUGUCUCCGCCGGAGCCGCGGUGGACGCCGCACCCAUGUCAGUUUGUGUGCACUAGAGAGGCGGGGUUAGAGGAGGAGGGUAGUGAGAGUGGGGGAAAAAUAAUAACGCCGCCGCCUCCCUCUUAUCACCCCAUUGAAAAAAAAUACAGACACUCACCGGUCGCCUCAGAUCGCGGCGUUUCUCACGGUGGAAGGAGCGUAGAAUACCCUGCCAUGAAUGGUGACUCUGGUGCAGGGGUGGUUACUUCCCCACCCCCAUCGACUGCUCCACACAAGGAGAAAUACUUUGAUCGAGUUGAUGAAAACAAUCCUGACUACCUCAGAGAGCGGAAUAUGCCACCUGACUUGCGUCAGGAUUUCAACAUGAUGGAGCAGAGGAAGAGGGUUUCCAUGAUUCUGCAGAGUCCGGCUUUCUGUGAAGAAUUGGAAUCAAUGAUUCAAGAGCAGCUCAAGAAAGGAAAGACUCCAACUAGUCUACUUGCAUUACAACAGAUUGCAGAUUUCAUGACAACAAAUGUGCCUAGUAUGUAUCCUGCUGCACCACAAGGUGGAAUGGCUGCAUUAAACAUGAGUCUAGGAAUGGUUACCCCUGUGAAUGAUCUCCGUGGAUCUGAAUCUGUUGCAUAUGAGAAAGGAGAGAAAUUGUUGCGAUGUAAGCUGGCUGCUUUCCACAGGCUAACAGACCUCUUUGGAUGGUCACAACUUAUCUACAACCACAUAACAGUCCGAGUCAGCUCUGAGCAGGAACACUUCCUCAUUGUCCCUUUUGGCCUUCUUUACAGUGAGGUCACAGCAUCAAGUUUGGUUAAAGUUAAUCUUCAAGGCGAUGUAAUUGAUCGUGGUUGCACCAAUUUGGGAAUAAGCCAGGCUGGCUUUACCUUGCACUCUGCCAUCUAUGCAACUCGACCAGACAUCCGAUGCAUCGUACACAUUCACACACCAGCUGGCGCUGCAGUGUCUGCAAUGAAGUGUGGCCUACUACCAAUCUCUCCAGAAGCAUUGACCCUUGGAGAGAUAGCUUACCAUGAUUACCAUGGAAUCCUUGUGGAUGAGGGAGAAAAGAUACAAAUACAGAAAAAUUUGGGCCCCAAAAACAAGGUGCUUAUUCUGAGGAAUCAUGGUCUUGUUGCCAUUGGAGAAACCAUUGAAGAAGCUUUCUAUUACAUUCACAACCUGGUUGUUGCCUGUGAAAUUCAGGUUCGUACAAUGGCUAGUGCUGGAGGCCCUGACAAUUUGGUUCUCUUGGAUCCUGUAAAGUACAAAGCCAAAUCUCGCUGUCCUGAGUCAUCAGGUGAUGAAAGUAGUUCACAUCCUAAGUGGCUGAUUGGGGAGCAAGAAUUUGAAGCCCUAAUGAGAAUGCUGGAUAACCUGGGUUACAGAACUGGUUAUCCUUACCGUUGCCCAGCUCUGCGAGAAAAAAAUAAGAAUCGCAGUGAUGUUGAGAUCCCACCCUCUGCCACAGGUUUUACCUUUCCAGAGGACAGUGACUCUAGCUCUCGCUCCCCUCUCAAGCAAAGUUCUCAGAAACAGCAGCGAGAGAAGACGAGAUGGCUGAAUGCAGGCAGCACAGGCAGAGUUGAUGAAGUGCCUGAAGAAUCUAGGAAUGGUGGCAGCCCCAAAUCGAAGACUAAGGUGUGGACGAACAUUACACACGAUCACGUGAAACCCUUGCUGCAGUCUCUCUCGUCCGGUGUCUGCGUGCCAAGCUGUAUUUCCAACUGCUUGUGGACAAAAGACGGAGCUGGUCCAAUUCCUAAUCAGUUUGUGCCACUAAACACUGAUCCACGUGAGUUUAAAGAGAUGAGGAAUAAGAUUCGGGAGCAAAAUUUGCAGGAUAUAAAGACAGCCGGGCCUCAAUCUCAGUUGUUAUGUGGUGUUGUACUGGAUAGGUCUUUUACUCAGGAUGCACCACUCUCAGACUGUACGGAGUUUAUUGAUGGUCUCGAUCUCUCAGAGCAAGCCUUAAAUCGCACUAACCCUGUUAGAAAGGGAGAGUUGGUGACGGCAUCAAAGGCAAUCAUUGAAAAGGAAUACCAGCCACGAGUAAUUGUGAGCACUGCACCAAAUCCCUUUAACAAGUUGACGGAUCGUGAACUCGAUGAGUAUCGCAAAGAAGUUGAACGCAAGCAGAAGGGGCCUGAAGAUAAUCAAGACAAGGCAACUGAAAUACAAUCUCACACCAGCCAAGAAUGUUCUAUAGAGGCUAGGAGUCCAUGCAAUUAUGAGCAGAUCUCUGGACAGACACCACCCUUCAGUGUAGGCCAGAUCUACAAGCAAUUCCACCCAAGAGAUGAGGAUAUAAAAGGAUCUCUACACAGCCAGCUACACAAUGCCGUUGUCAAGGCACUUGCCACUUCUGGAGACCGUAUUCCUCUAUCUGACCCCUUGAGUAUUGGCCAGCAGGAGCUUCCCGAGCCCCAGUCAGAGGAGGUAAAAGUCAACGACCAGCAGAGUCCUGCAGACCACACCCCUACCCGCACUCCCCCCAGCACACCCACAAAACUAGAUGAUGAAUUGCAAGUGGAACAGAUAUGCAAGGAUGACAGUGCUGCAACUUUCCAACAGUCCCUGCCUGAACUCGCCCCUGAUGAGCCCUUAGAACCACUGACCGUCCAGAUUCCUGGGAAGGAGGAGUCGGAUAGCCCAAGCAAAGACCUGAGUAGGAAGCUUGAAGAGCUGACCACAGCUGAGCGGCAAGAAGUGCCCUCCCCACCACCUCCUGAGCAGGUGCCAUCGUCACCGGUUGAGGAGGUGACUGACGCAGCCAGCGACGAGUCUCCCAGCAAGUCACCUUCAAAGAAGAAGAAAAAGUUCCGCACCCCUUCCUUCCUGAAGAAGAAUAAGAAGAAAAGCGAAUCCUAAAGAAAAGGCCUUUUUUUAAGCAGGAAAGGCACAAUGCCCUUGAUUCUAAUUAAUUUCUAGAAUGUACAAGGUUGUAUCGUCUAGUGUUAUAUCUUAAUAAAAAUAUCCAUGUAACAAAAUGCAAAGAAAUGUCUAGUAUAGCUCAAAUGAUCUUGAAAGUAACAGGACAUUUUUGACACAAAACAGAGGUGCUAAUCCUUUCAGUGCAGUAGGUGCAACCCACCAAGUGUUUAAUCUCAGCAUGGUUUACCACUUUGGGAUAGAAUUAGAACAAUGAAACCAGAGGAAGCCUUUAUAAUGAGAUUAUGUUGUAAUGAUGAAUUAAUUGCUUUGUUGUAAUAUGCAGAUGUUAUAGUAGAGACCUACAUUUAACACGUUUAUGAGAGACAUCCUGUGCAUGACUGUUGAAUACCAGCCAAUCGUGAUGCUGCACACCCUUUUUAGCCGGCGAUGUUUAAAGGAAGAUUAUUACAUGUGGUAUGUAGAUUGGCACAGAUCAUGAGUUGCUAACUUCAUAAAAUGAGAAAUGGUCUGAGUAUUGCUGAAUCAUGAUUAUUGUUCUUUUCACUUUAAGGCAGGCUUCCCUUCUAUUUGUGCAAACACAAACUCUUAAGGAAAGUUAUUGCUGCAGCCUGUUGCAUGCAGGCAGGUUCUAUCCUGGAAUGCACAAGUUUCCUUUGGGUGCUUUGACCAGUACUACUGCUGUGUGUCCCUCGGCCACUUGUUCAAGAGCAUAACACAAAGCUAUUGGAAUCUGGUGACUCAUUUUCCCACAUUUUGUCACCACAUCAAUUGUCUGAUACUCUUCUGUUUGUGAAAUACUGUUUAGAUUACAGUGAUGGAAAAGUUGUGUUUUUAUACUGGAAUCUGGCAUGAACGAAGUUACUUGGAUUUGUAUAGUGCUUCAUCACAGAAGAGCCCUCCGGCUUGAUUACUUUGAAGUUCAGUGAUUGUUUGCAUAGGCAAAUGUGGCAUUUAAAAGAUGUUUCGUUUAAGUAGAAAUUCUGUGAAAUGGCCAGCGUUUUGUCCUUUUUUUGUUUAUACAUAGUAUUGAAGAACAACUUAUUCAGCAACCAAAGGGUUACUGCUACAAGUUAUUUGAGGAGCUGACUAGAAGGGAGCUGAUACAUUGUUACUCUGAGCCAGGGCCCUUCACCUUUUACUAAUAGAGGAACAUAAAUUGCAAACCCUGCAGUUCAUUUAGUCCACUAAGGUGUCCUUUCUAGUUAGGCAGUGGGCAGAGCUGCUUGUGAUGUGUCAUUCCAUCACCAGUAUUCUUUGAUGUAUGAACAAUGUUGUAUGACCCUCCCCCCACAUCCCCAUCCACAAUGAUUCGAUCAGGAAGUGGAGCAAGUUUCUGCUGAACUCAGCCCUCUCCCAUCUGCUCCAACAUCAGAAUGUCAUGGUAUCCCGCGAUGAUCAAAGACCUUCUCUGACCCCUGAACUUGGAUUCUAAUUAACCAAGUCACUUGGAUAAAUAAAGAGACUCCUUAACAUUGUUUAUUUUAAAUGGGAUUGAUGGAAUUCUGCAGCACCUACUUGUGCAACAUCAGUUUACAUAAAUAACACCACGCCAAAACCAUCCUCUACCCUAUUAGUUACAGGCAGCAUUGCUUGCAGUCUUUGGUUGAAAUUCCUCCAGUCCCACAGGAGGUCUUGGUUUGGGUAUCGUGUUACAUUUGUAGCAUGCUGGAAAAGUGACGAGACCGUCACUGUGUUGAUUUUUUAGCUGCUGCACUCCCCUUUCAGAGUAAGUCUGCCGGUAGGUUGAGGUAGGGCCAUGAUGGAAAUGGCAGCAAAAAUAAAAGCAAGAAUAUAAUUUGCAGGUAAGGUGUGUAACGAGGACUGCAUGGCAUCACUGGCUUUUCGCUUGUAUUUUACCCUUGUAUAACUUCUGUACUCUAAGCAAUUUUAAGUUUUCUGUUGAUUGGUUACAAUUGUCAGAUAAUAACAAUGCCACCUAUUCAUGUUUAAAUUCUCGUUUUAGUUAGUUAUCCUCUACACAUACAGAACAUUUCUAAACUUUGAUUUUUAUUCUACAUUUUCAAUUCUUUGUAUGACUACAUGAAGUUAAAAAAAUUUAUUACUUAUGAAAAGAAUCAUAUCUAAUUUUUUUUUUAAGUUUCAUUGUAACAUUUUUGGAGUUACUUAAAUAAAAUCCUUUCUUUAAACCCCAAAAUAGAGUAAUGUUUAGUUUAUUCAAGGAAGUAGC